UUUCCUGUCUUUUCUCCUGUCCACCCCUAACCGGAACCUCGUUCCUUUCGGCCUCGUCCUCCGACAAACUUUUCGCUUCUCCCAAGAGCCUUGUCUCUUAUUGACUUUGCUUCCCUUCUCAUUUGCGCUUUUCUUCUUUUUCUUCUUCUUUCGGGCCGUGCUCCCGCCCCCCCUGGCCCGACGCCGGUUACCCACAACGCACGACACCCCUUCGACGGACUGAAAAGCACACUCCCCGCUGCCUUGGCCGGCUUCGAUAAACAACUGGUUUUGUUUACUACCCACCCACGACCGAGUCGAUAUUUUUUUGCGCACGGAGGAAAUCUAAAGGUUAGCUGGAGAAAAGACCAGACCAAACAACAAAAGAAAGAGCAAGGAAAAGGAGCUUUGGCUUUGGACUCAAGAUCGACUCAGCCCGUCACCACCACCCAGACACCUGGACCAACUGCAUGACCAGGGUACUCCGAGCCUUGUCGUCAUCUCCCGGAUUCCAGCCCAUCUUUUACUUUGGCUCUUUUCUUCUCUCGUGCCUUUACUUCUCUUUGAAUCCCCGGCACUGUCAUAUUCUCUUCUUCUCUUGCUAGUUUGGUGAUCCUGCCGUUUCAUGUUGGCCACCAUCCCCAGUUGCAAGGUCCUCUCUAGUUAGCCUGGCUACUCGGUAUCUCGAGGUAUUCCCACGGCGGCUGGCGUGACUUCAGACGUCACCCCCAACGGAGACGUUAUCGUCUAUCCCCUUGUAACAAGGGACCGUUGACCAGCCAGAUACACAACAAUCGAUUUACACAGCUCGACACCAUGUCGGCACCAGCAAACAUGUCGGCGCCCGCCAACGCAACGGCGCCGACCAACGCCACGGCCGGCGCCGGCGCCGGCGCCACCAAGCCCUUCGACCCUGCGCUGGAGAACAAGCUUCUCGCCAACUACCUGUACUACGUUCUGGGAUCUCUCGCCGCCGUCAUGAUCAUAUGGAGGGUUUGGAACCGGAUGGCACACUAUGUGCGGACAGUGUCGUCGCUCCAGAACGACACACAGCGCUACUUCGCCCAGACCGGCGCGACGGCCUCGUGGUUCAAGCGUGAGAUGCGGUAUGCGCCCAUCUUCAGCAAGCGCCACAACCGCGAGUUCCAACUCUCGUCGGCCGUCAACAUGGGCACCCUGCCCACCCGUCUGCAGCUCUUCCUGCUCGCUGGCUACGUCGCUACCAACGUUGCCUUUUGUGUCAUCAACAUCCCGCUGCACGCAAACUUCGACUCUGCCGCCAGCCAACUGCGCAACAGGACCGGUGUCCUGGCCGUGGUCAACAUGGUUCCCCUGUGGCUCCUUGCCGGCCGCAACAACCCGCUAAUCAACCUGCUCGGCAUCUCGUUCGACACCAUGAACCUGCUUCACCGGUGGCUCGGCCGCAUUGUCGUUCUCGAAGCCGUUACGCACACUCUGGCCUUCUUGAUACCCAUGUCCAACAAGAUGGGCUGGGAGGCCGCGCUCGGCGUCGCCUUGGGGUCGAAAUUCCUCAUGUGGGGUUUCAUUGGAGCUAUCGCCUUCGUCGUCAUUUUCAUUCAGGCUUGGAGCCCGAUUCGCCAUGCUGCUUACGAGACCUUCAAGAUCCUGCACAUCAUCGCCGCGGCUGUUUCUGUGGCUGGCGUGUGGUACCACUGCAACCUUGCCGAGCUCCCGCACAUUAAAUACAUCUACACAGUCAUCGCUCUGUGGGCUUUCGACCGUGUCGCUCGCUUCCUUCGCAUCGCUUACUCCAACUUUGGCAGCGGCGGCACCAAGACCAUGGUCGAGGCCCUCCCCGACAACGCCGUCCGCGUCACCGUCACCAUGGCCCGCCCCUGGACCUUCAAGCCCGGCCAGCACGCCUACCUCUACUUCCCCACCAUCAGCUGGACGCAGUCGCACCCCUUCUCCGUCGCAUGGAGUGCCGAGAGCGAGACGGCACUGGCUGGCGACGCUGACAAGGGCCUCGCCAUGAACCGCCAGGAUGUCCUGUCCAUGGGCAGGACAAGCAUGUCUUUCAUCAUUCGCGCCCGUACCGGCGCCACCGCAUCACUCUACAAGAAGGCUGCCGCAAAUCCCUCGGGCCACCUCAUCACACGUUGCUUGGUUGAGGGGCCUUAUGGCGGCAUGCAUGACAUGUCUUCCUACGGCACGUGCAUGCUCUUUGCAGGUGGUGUAGGAAUCACUCAGGCGGUGCCCCACGUACGCGAUCUGGUCGCCGGCUACAACAAUGGCACCGUGGCAGCGCGCAAGGUGGUUCUCGUCUGGAUCAUCCAGACGCCCGAGCACCUCGAGUGGAUCCGACCCUGGAUGACCGAGAUCCUGGCCAUGGAGCGGAGGCGCGAGGUGCUCCGAAUCAUGCUCUUCGUAUCAAGGCCGCGCUCGACAAAGGAGAUCCAUUCGCCCUCGGCCACGGUCCAGAUGUUCCCCGGCCGCCCCAACAUCGAGACGCUGAUCUCAAUGGAGAUGGAGAACCAGGUCGGCGCCAUGGGCGUCACCGUCUGCGGGCCCGGCGCUUUGAGCGACGAGGUUCGCCGUGCUGUCCGGACCAGGCAAGACCACGGCACCAUCGACUUUGUUGAGGAGGCCUUUUCGUGGUAGGCCAUUCGGCCAAAGGCGACGACACAGCGGCGAGCCGCUAUGGAACAAAGGAUGACGUGUUAUGUUUUCUUCCUUCUAUUUUUGUUUUUCUUCCUUCUGUUUUCGUUUUUCUUCUCAUUUUUUGUUUUUCUUCCCAUUUUAUGUUUUUCUUCUCAUUUUUUGUCGGGCUUCUUGGGCAACGCGCACGCAAGUGCGCGACUGCACCAACCACCUUUGACAUAUCCUUCUCUCCGAUCCUUCCCACCUUCUUGACUAAUGCCUCACCCCCGCUCGCUGCCUCCUUUUGUGUGCAAUUCUACGCAAAUAUGUGGAACAAGAGGGUACAAGAAAAAUACCCCCUCUACUUCAAGUACCUCAACAGGCGAGGACUACGACAUGCCCCCAAAUCUUUUUGAUUUCUUGUAUAUAUCUUUCUUCUUUUGAACACUCCUUGCUGCGUAGAGGUUAGAGGGGAUCAUUCACCACAUUGUGUAUAUGAAGCCUAGAAAUAGAGGUUUACUUUUUACGACAUCCAAGACAAGACCC